CUUUCGGUAGUCUGAGAUCAAACUGGAACCAUGCCCAUCCUCAAAAACUCCAGCCAGGAUGCGGUCCGACCCAAAACUCGCCGGAACAGCUAUGUACUUCAACUUUUCUACACACUUAGAUGUACAAGUGUUCUGUUGCCAUGUCCUUUCAUAUGUGCCUGUUCUAUGCUGUGCUUGGUAACAGACUGAGUCCUAUAUUAAAGUUAAACCAGGAACAGUUCACAAUCAAACCCAAAUAACAACAUGUAGCUUUUACAGCAUCCUCGGGACGUGAAAUAGAUAAAUCCAGUCGUUUUAUUUUCGAUGGAGAGAAUUAGGUUUAGUGCUAUCAUGAACAAUAAUAAUGCAAGAUGGAGAAAGCAGAGUGUAGAACUGAUUGAACUGUCCUUUCCCUCUGGGAGCUAGAAAAGAAACCAGGCAAAUGACAUGCAGGAGGUGGCCCAUCUCAAACAUGCUGAACGUUUGCAGAAAUAAUAAAGCCAUAAGGCAAAAGACACGCCGGUACUGUUUACAAAGGUCUUGCCCAAGUUGCCAGUGCCGCCUCUGCAAGAGACCUUGAACAUGUACCUGAAGUCUAUGAGACACCUGGUCACCGAGGAGCAGUACAGAACCACUGAGGGCAUUGUGCAGAAGUUCGGUGCCCGUGGCGAGAUUGGCGAGUUUUUGCAGCAACAAUUGAUAAAGCGACGGGAAAGAGAAGCUAACUGGGUGUACGAGUGGUGGCUGGAUGACAUGUAUCUACGCAAUCCAGUGCCCCUGACAGUAAACUCCAGCCCUGGGAUGGUGUUCCCCCGUCAGAUCUUCCGCGAUCAAAAUGAUCAACUCAGGUUCGCUGCCCGCCUGAUUGCGGGAAUACUGGAUUACAAAGUUGUAAUAGAUGCCCGUGCUUUACCUGUUGAUUAUGCCCGCGGUCAAUUGGCUGGACAACCCUUGUGUAUGGAGCAGUACUACAAGCUGUUCUCAUCCUAUCGUCUCCCAGGUCACCAAAAAGAUACACUGGCAGUCCAGAAAAGCAGCGUCAUGCCUGAACCAGAGCAUGUUAUAGUGGCUUGUCAGAACCAGUUCUUUGUUUUGGAUGUUGUCAUAAACUUCAGACGUUUGAACGAAACUGACUUAUUCACUCAGUUGAGAAAGAUUGUGAAAAUGGCGGAGAACCAAGAGGAACAAACAGCUCCAAUUGGGCUGCUCACAUCAGACAGUAGGACCGAAUGGGCAGAGGCGAGGAGAGUGGUCAUGAGAGACUCUACUAACCGAGACUCUCUGGAUGCGAUCGAACGCUGCAUAUUUCUGCUGUGCUUAGAUUCCCCAAGUGGUGUUGAGCAGACAGAUAUAAACCUGGCACUACAGAUAAUGCAUGGAGGUGACUGUCACAAAAAUAGAGCAAAUCGCUGGUAUGACAAAACCAUGCAGUUUGUUGUUGGAAAAGAUGGAAUCUGUGGACUGGUUUAUGAACACUCACCUGCAGAAGGCAUCGCAGUUAUACAAUGUGUUGAACACCUACUCUGUUACAUUAAAGAGACUUCAAAAAAGUUAGUACGAGCUGAUUCUGUCUGUGAGCUGCCUGCUCCAAGAAGACUGAGGUGGAAAUGUGACUCUGAAAUACAAAGAUAUUUAACUUCAGCAGCUGAUAAGCUUCAGAGGUUGAUAGACAACAUUGAUCUAAAUGUGUACUGGUUUAAGACUUUUGGCAAAGACUUCAUUAAAAAACAAAAGAUGAGUCCUGAUGCUUUUAUCCAGGUUGGAUUGCAGCUGUCUUAUUACAGAUGCCAUGGGAGGCUUGUCCCUACUUAUGAAAGUGCUUCAACACGUCGCUUUCAGGAAGGAAGAGUUGACAAUAUUCGAUCAGCAACGAAAGAGGCAUUCGAUUUUGUAAAAGCAAUGAUAGAUGGGGGACCAUCUAUAUCGGACUCAAAGAAGAUGGAGCAUCUCUGGGAAGCAAUCAAUGCACAGACGAAUUACACCAUCCUGGCUAUUACUGGGAUGGCAAUUGAUAAUCAUUUACUUGGACUGCGGCAGAUGGCAAAGGAACUGCAAAUGGAUUUACCUAAAUUAUUCACUGAUGAAACAUACCUAAUAAGUAACCAUUUUACCCUCUCCACCAGCCAGGUACCAACUACAAUGGAGGGCUUUCUGUUUUAUGGGCCUGUAGUUCCAGAUGGUUAUGGUGCUUCCUACAAUCCACACUUAGACCAUAUCAUCUUCUGCAUUUCUUGCUUUAAUGAUUGCAAGGAGACCUCUUCUACCAUGUUUGCAAAAGCUGUGGAAAAGAGUUUUAUUCAGAUGAAGGAGCUGUGCGUUAAGUACAACACCAAAGCCAAGCAAAGCUUCAUGGGGAAUAUAACACAGAAGGUUCAAAAUGGAAGGAAGUUGUAUCAUUAAAGUUCUCAGACUGUUGUACUGUGAAAUGCAUAAAUGGUCAUUUCUCUAUGCAAAAGAAUAGCAUACUGUUAUCAGUCUUAAUCCAUUUAGUAGCUGUAUAGAAUCUGAAAAAACAUUUACUUGCCACUGUUCAUGCACUAUGAACAAAGAAAUCACAAGUUUGUUAAAUUAUAGAAUUAGCUCUAAUGUUUUUACCAUGAAAAAUAGAAAAAAAAAUCUCUCUCUCUCUAUAAUGAUACAUAUAUGUUGCACAUCAGUCCAGGAUAGAUUGGUCUGCCAAAUGUUUUGAUGAUAAUCAGCAAUGCAAUUUAAUCCAAAACAUAUAACUCAUGUCUGUAUUGUUUAUGCAACACAAGAAGAUAAUGUAUUUUGCUUAUUGAAGAACUUGUUUUGUGAUAUUGUGGUAACAAAAUCAUGAAAGCUAGAGAAUUAAAUAAUUUUGUUAACCAUAUCAUUUGAAUCAAGUUGAACAGUAAAGUUUCUUUUUGGUCAUUUGUUUUUAAGUAAAUUACAAAAUUGUUGUGCUAAAAAAAUGUGCUGUAGUUCGAGAAUAUGAGUCUAUCUGUAACUGUUUCACAUGUGAGUCUUACUGGAAGUAUUCUUGUAUCACUUAUCGUAGCAAUAGAAUGUAAAAUAUAGCUCUGAAACGAGCGCUGGUGCAGUCAUAAUCCUGGCUGUAUUCUUCCAGGGCGAAGACAUGUGGUGUGCUUUGUUCUGUAAAUAAUUGUGGUGAUUAAUAAUUGCCUCAUUGCCUCUCUAAAUGCCAAUCAGAUGAAACUAUUUUUAUUUAAAUGUCAGGAUUAUUGGAGUCCUGCUUUUAUUUAUAUAAAUUAUAAUUAUGCAACAAAAGAAACAUAUUUUAGAAAUUAAUUAUAGAAAAGUCAAAUAUAUAUGUACAAUCAGUACAGUAUAAACGUAUAUUGUACAUAAUACAUCUGUUGGAGAAGCAUGUUCAGAGGAAAUUCUCAUAAUUCAUGCUGGAAACUAACAAAAGUUCUCUGUAUUUUUCACUAUAUUUUACUUUCAAAAUGUGUAUUUCUUGUUGAAAUGUAAAAUCAGUGUGUGUGAGUGGAGUGUUAUUAAUUUUAUGUUCACUGUACAAUGACAAAUUUUAUCCUUUAACACUGCCUAUAGAGGCAGAUUGCUGAAGAGUUGGUGCAUUUGAACAAGUGAAAGGAAAAAAAACAGACAAUUGUGCAAUACUGUUCAAUAAAUUGCUUAUUGUGAAAA